UUGCCCUGUUUGCGGCUAAGCAACAGAAAUUCAAGCGUAAGCUAUAAUAAUAACAACUGCAUGUAAAAUGAAUCUCAUACAAACGGUCUUAUUGACAUAUGCUGGUUGGACGUUGGCCGUUGAGCUUGAAAUUCUUUACGAAUGGAAGUAUAUAGACUACGUCUGGCAGAAUGAUGCGCAAAAGCAGGAGGCGAUUGAAAACGAAGAGUACAAUUACACAAGAAUUAUUCCAGUUGAUUUCGUGAAAAUCCCAGAUGAUCGAGUAUUGGUAACAACCCCAAGAUUAUCCAAUAACCCCGCGAGUUUGUCAACAAUUUCGAAUCAGACUGGCGAUGGGGGUCCAUUACUUGAGCCCUACCCCAAUUGGGAUUGGCACACGUCAACGAAUUGCACAGGCAUUACCAGCGUUAGCAGAGUUUUUUUAGACGAUUGUGAUAGGCUGUGGAUCGUUGACUCUGGAAAAAUAGGAGAUGUGUCCAUAUGCCCUGCUAAGAUAAUCGCGUUUAACACAACAACCGACGAGGUCCUGGAACAUGUUAUUAUUCCAUAUGAAUUAACGCAUAAUUCUGUAAAUAUAAGUAACGGACGACUCGAGAUACAAGCCAUUGAAACCCAUGGAGACUCAUGCAGUACUACUUGGCUCUACAUCGGGGACCCGAUAGGAUAUGGUCUUGUUAUUUGGAACGGUUCGACCAUAUGGCGGUUGGAAAACGACAACGUUUACGCUCCGAAUCCAACAGAGACACUCUUUUCGGUGGCCGGUGAGAACGUGACUCUCAAUAUCGGUAUUUCGAACCUCGAUAUAACACCUUCUGGUUUUAUUGAGCAAGAUUACCUCCUCUUCGGACCCUUGGCUUCAAAGAAUGCAUAUGCUGCUUCACUGGACGACUUGCACAAGUCCAAUACAGCUGGAAACAUGAUAACGUACUACAAAUCUGACCAUACAUUUCCUAGUCAGCUACUUUCCAGAAUUUUAUUUAAGUCGGGAGCCCUGAUCGUCGUAAGCGCCUCGCGACUGUUCCUUUCCUGCUGGAACAUACAAUAUCCCUUGGUAGCAAAUUAUACGGCUGAAAUACUCGAGGAUGACAAUGACCUACAAUUCGCUAGUGCGGCCAAGGAUAUCAGUGGAUCUCAGACCGGGCUUGAGAACGAACAAUACUGGGUACUGACGAAUCGACUGCAAAAAUUCAUUCCGGGUACUAUGGAUUUCGGAGAAGUAAAUUUCAGGAUCCUAAGUGGGAACGUGACUGUCCUUGUUAAUGGCACAGUGUGCGAGCCUAAGUCACACAACGUUUCCUCUGGCAUUGAGGAGAAACUGUUUUUUGAAUUAGAAACAGUUACCGUCAAUACUUCAGCGAUUUCUCCGUAAGAAUAUUUUAAUUGGGUUGUACAGUUUAAGUCGGUUUAGUCCUCAUGUACCACUAUUUUAAACAAGGAUUAAUCACCAAGUAUCAAUUGGUCUUCGUUCUUUUCCG